AUGAGUCUGACCUCCACGUCAGAAGUAGAUACGGAGCUAGAUGUGGUCGUCGGCUUCGAUAAGCGUGUAGCCUGGGCAUUCCAAGAACAACCCAGCCAGCUCGUAAUCGCCCGACCAAAUUCGCCUGCAACCACCACGGAAGACGUUUUGGACGAGUUCAAGAAAUUCGAUCUGCUCCUCUACAGCGGUAUGCGUUUCGAGCCUGACCUGGCCGCUCGCAAGUAG